AUGAAUAUAGACCGUAUUGAACCAAAUUUAGAACUAGUUGAAUUUGACAAUGUAACGAAAUCAAGUCGAGUGUCACAUGAUUCUGAGAAUAAUACAAAUGUUCUUUUUCAACUUUACAAAUCACAACAUUCAUUUCCUCGGAAUAAUGAUCAGUUCAUUUCAAUUCAUCUAGUUGAAAACUAUCAAAACAUGGAUAAUUAA